AUGAAAUUUGUUAAAUACGUGUUUACAAAAAAAAAAAAAAUGGAGAGUGCUAUAUACAGGACGUUUGGAUUUAUGGUAGCGUCGUUUUUUGGUUUCGUAUAAGGUGUGAUUAUAUACAGGACAUUUGGUGUAUUUAGAUACACCUGCUAAAGUUGAAUUUGCACAUUCAUUUAAAAGUCUUGGUUAAACGAUUCGAUUCAAUUCCAUUCCAUAUCAACUAGUUUCAUUUGUGAUUACUCUAGAGACAGAUCAUUAUGUUUUCUAAGAUAAAGAGUUCGAAAGCCCCUUUAUCAUUGAGUCUGGUUUCAAAUGUCAUUAAAACUUCUGGCGCAAAGGACUUGUCACCAAGUGAUAUUAAUGCAAAACAUUUGAAAUUAUUUACAGUGGCUCAAGCUGGUCUUCCUAAGAAUUCUAUCUUAGCCGUUGCUUUUGAUCCAGUACAAUCAUUACUUGCAGUUUCAACCACUAAUAAUGAAGUCAGAGUUUUCGGUCAACAAAAUGUUGAAGUGGUGAUCGAAUUUAAUUCUACCAGUCCAAUCACUCAUUUAAAAUUUGUUAAAGGUGUAUACCUUGUAGUAGUGUCAUCGGCUGUUGGAUCUGUUAUGGUGUUAUCGUUGAAAUCAAAGCAAAUUCUAGGUAAAUAUAGUACUCAUGGUGCCAUUACUGCCGUUGAAACUGAUCCAGCCUUGGAUUGGUUAUUACUUGGUCUCUCUAAUGGAGGUGUAAUGAUUUAUGAUGUUGAUAGAUUAAAUAUUACCCCAUAUAGAAUUGAUAAUUUACAAAAGAAAAUCUUACCAAAAGUGAAAUUAUCCCAUGUUGUAUCUAUUAAAUGGCAUCCAAGAGAUAUAGGAACUAUCUUGGUAACUUAUUCUCAUUCAAUUAUAUUAUAUUCAAUUGCUACUGGACAAAUCAAAAAUAGCUUUGUUUAUACUUUACCGAAACAAGCAAGAGGAUUUGAAUCAGCUCUAUUCAUUGAAACCGGAGGGAAAAAGAAUUUAUUUCUGUCUCCAAAGGAAGUAACACCUGAAUUAAUUGAUGCCCAAUUCCAUCCAAAUGGUUUACAUUUAGUAACUGUUCAUAAGGAUAAUUCUCUUGUGUUUUGGGAUACUACCACUGGAACGUUAUUAGAAGCUAGAAAUAUCUUUGACAUAAAUUUACAUUUACCUGGAACUCCUAUAAAAUUAAAGGAUGAUUUCUCUCCUAUUACAUCAGUUAGGUGGUUAUGUGGAAGUGAUCCUGAAUAUACUCAAUUAGUCAUAAGUGGUGGUGAUGCCAAUACAUUACAUGUUCUUGAUUUUGGUGUUACCUUCACCUAUUCAUUAACUUCUCAUGAGAAACAAGGCCAAUUUUAUGCCAACCCGCAAUCUGGUCAAAGAGUAAUUCCAAUUACUUUCAAUGAUAGAAGUUCAAAUGCUGAAGAAUUUAUUACCAGUAUUUUCCCAUUAGCAUCUGAAAACCAACCAUAUUUCAAUGAAAAUCACGAUCCUACUCAUUUAAUGCUUAUUACGAAUAUCAAAGCUAUCUACAUUAUUGAAUUCUCAUCAGUAGGUGGUUCUCAAGGAGGUUUAGAUCUUGGUGGAUUAUUAAUCCCACCAUCACUUGCAUCGGUGCAUCCACCCGUUAUAUUUUCCAGAAUUCAAUCAGUUAAGAGAGUCGAAUGGUAUAGUAUUAUGUCAACCAGAGUUUCUACUGGAUCAACGGCAAGAACCAAACAAUUACUUCGAGGCGGUCAAGCUGCUCCUCGUCGAAAUGUACCUCGUCCUAUAGGGCUUGAUCCAGAUUAUAGAAGUAUCUUAAUAACAGGUCAUGAAAGAGGAUUGGUGAGAUUAUUUGAUGUAUCACGAGGUGAGCAUCAAGAAUCGGAACAAAUUGUGCAAAUCAGUUUAAAAGAUACUUUAUUUGAUUUUGGAGAUCCACGUAGUACAAAGGCUAUUCUUGUAUCCUGUGCUUUUGGAAGUAGAGAAUUGGUAGUUGGAUUAGCUAAUGGUGAUGUUGUGCUUUGUAAAUUUGGAAAAGUUAGUGGAAUUAGUUCUCAAGGUAGUUUUAGUUCUAAAGAUUAUUCCAAUUGUGAUCUCCUUCAUUCAAAUGGUGAUGCUAAAAUUAUAAGUUUAAGUAAUCGUAUUCUGAGUUCGUUCGCUCAAUCAUCCAAUUUCCUUCCUGUAGGAAUAGUUCAACUUGAAACCCGAGAACCAAUAACUGCACUUAAACAUAAUGAUAUUGGGUUUGCAGCCAUUGGAUUUAAAUCUGGAAAAUUAGUGGUUACAGAUGUUUCAAGAGGACCUGCUAUCAUUUUCAAUGCUAAUGUGAAUGAUCUUUUAAUUAGUCAAACUACAUCUUGUUAUAUUACAACUUUUGAAUUUGCCAUUCAACAAUAUGGUCAAGAAGGUUAUUCUUCUAUUUUGUUGUAUGCCGGUACAAACAAUGGUGGUAAUCUUUUGAUAUUUAAGAUUGUUCCCUUAGGUAAUGGAGGGUAUGAUGUUGUGUUCACCGAUAAAUCAAUUGGACUCAAUUAUAAACAUGGGGCUAAUGCUGAGGAUAAUUCUAAACUUGAUCAAAUCAUUCCAAUUAGUUCAGUUGAUGGUCAGCUGGCAAUUGCAUCACUUGAUAGAUUUAAUAAAUUGAGUCAAGGUUUUAUAAUUCCAGGAUAUGUAAUCACUACAUCAAGUAGUAGUAUCAGAGUUUUGAAGUUACCAAAAGUGAAACUUUCUCAUAGAGUGAUUGAAGAUACAUGUUUAUGUUCUGGUCUAGUUAAUUUUAAUAAUCAAGGAGUUGUACUUUGUGUGGUUACCAAAUCAGGAUUUGUUCGUUUCUGUUCAUUGCCAGCUUUAACAGAAUUGGGUGAUACUCAACUUCCAGGAGACGUAUUCAAAAAGAUACAAGAAUCACUUGCAAGAGCCAAUUCAGGUGAUGCAGAUUUAUUAAAUGAUGGUGAAUUAUUUAUUAGAGUAUGUCAAUCAGAAUUUUACAAUCUUUACAUUCAUCGUCUGGAUAAAAAGAAAAAUGAUACUAUGGAAACUGAUAUCUUAUUUAAUGAAAAUGCCAUAAUCCCACCUCGUCCUACUGCUGGUGCUUUACUGUGGGCUAAAGGUCAAACUGGUUAUGUAACUCCUCAAGAUUUAGCUUCAUUGAUUGCAGGUCCAAAUAGAAAAGAAUCAAAAUUUGAAGAAAGUAGAUUGGCACAUAAUAUCAGUCCAGAAGCCAAUCCUAAUCAAGUUUACGGAGCUUAUGCUAAACAAACCGUCAGUGAAAGAGGUUAUAAGGAACCAAUCAGAAAAGGUACUGCUCCAGCAGGAGCAGGUUUAGGUACUCAAGGAUUUAUGAGAAGUAUUAGAAAUGGUUUAGAACAAGUUGAAGAAGGGUUUAAUAGUUAUGCAAAUACUGCAAGUGAAGCAAUGACUGAAACCAUUGAUGAUCAAAAGAAGUCAAUGUAUUCGUCAGCCUUUAAAAGUAAGUUUGGGUUUUAAGUAGCGAAAGUAAAUAGUGUGUUUAUAAUUUUGGUGCAUAUUAUGUGCAGUCCUGUUGUUUACAUUUCUAUACCAAAAAA